AUGAUAAAAAUAAACAGAAUCAUUUUAUUUUAUUUUUCUCUGCUCAAUUUGGUAUGUUGUCUUAAUAGCAACUUCAGUAAAAACGCCUAUAUUCUGUAUUCACCACAAUCAACAAAGAGAUACAAAUCACCAAUAAGAAGAUGGAAUAACCCUCAGAAUAAUAACAUAGAAGAAUUACAAGAAGAUGAAGACUUAAUAAAGUACGAAUUGCCGAACAGAUUGAGCAGUAUCAUUUACAAAAAAAGAAAAAACAAAAAUAAAAAAAUGUACAUUUUAAAUAAUGAAAAUCAUGUAAUACUACCGUCUCAUAAAAUUUCUAAUGAAUAUAAAAAGUACAUGAACCCUAUUGACUAUAAUUACGAGGAGAUGCAUGUAUACAUGGAAAUAAACACUGGUAGUGUAAAUGAAAAGAAAAAUGAGCAAGGGAUAAGUCACCUAUGUGAACACGUUUCCUAUAUGGGAUCUAAAAAUAGGAAAAAUAUUAUAGACAAAAACAUACGAACGAAUGCUUACACAGAUUUUCAUCAUAUUGUCUUUUACAUAAGUGUAAGUCUUAACAAUAACUUGUACAAAGAAAAUUCCUUUAGUCAUUUUAAGUAUGAUAAUGUAAUCAAAAAUGUUAGAGAAGAUGAAAUUGAAAAUUAUGAUAUUUAUACACUUGAAGAAUUUAACUAUAAACAUACCAUCUUGUCCAAAUGUAUUGACACCAUGGUGGAAGUUCUAAAAGGAGAUACACAAUUUAAUAAAGAACGAAUUAUUAAGGAGAAAAAGGCAAUUUUUUCAGAGUACAGCAUUAUUAAUACCCUGGAAUAUAAAAUGAACUCAGACAUUAUAAAAACUUUGCAUAAGGAAAACAGACUAAGCCAUAGACUGCCCAUCGGAAAACUCGAACUGCUGAAGAGAUAUCAACAGAAAGACAUCAAACAAUACUUUGAUUUAUUUUUCAGAACAGAAAAUGUAAACUUAUAUGUUUAUGGAGACAUAAACGUGGACAUAUGUCGAAAGUUAAUAAGCGAAAAGUUCCAGCAUGUGAAGAAGGAUGAUCUAACAUCUGAUCAAAUAAAAUAUCUUAACAUACUAAAUGACAACACAUUGAGAUCUAGAAAUAAAAACCUACCAGCAAUUGUGCACAUGUUUGGUCAGUAUACCACAGAAAAUGAACACACGCAAAAAAUUUCAUCAAAUGGGAUGCAUACCGAUCAAAGUGAGGAAUAUAGCAUAGGAAGUGCAAACAUAAAUGAUAGGGAAGCAAGAGAAGGAGAAGUAAAAACAAGCACAGACAGAAAAAGCAAGGAGGGUAAAAAAAGCGAAUUCACUGAUAACAGAGACGAACAUGGUGAUACAUGCCUGGAUGAUAACAUCAUAGAUGCAAAGAAGCUGAAAGAAUAUCGAAAGGAAUUUAAGAACGAAGCCAUGAGUGAAUUAAAAUUCAGAGCUUAUCUAAAUAAAAAAUAUAAACCAAGUUUGGAAGAAGAAAAAACUUUGAACAAGCCAUGUAAAAAUACAAAUAUUAUAACAGAUUUUGAAAUUAUAAAAUAUUCAUUAAAUAAUGUCAAUAUAAAUAUACUACUGAAAGAGGAAAUAAAGAGUAUUCGGACUAUGGAAGAUUACAAAGUAUAUGUAAUGAAAGAUGUCAUGUUUUAUUGUCUGUCUUUUCGAUUCAAUAUAUACAAACGUGACCUAUUUAAUAGUAUAGAUAUUAAUGAGUAUACGAAUAUUAACGAAGGAGCUACAAUCAGAACUGUAGAAAUAAAAACGACAACAAAAUCAUUCCCUCAAACUGUAACAGCUUUUUAUAACUUCAUUAAAAGUUUGAGAGAUUAUGGCUUUAGUAAUGAUGAAUUGCAAAACUACAGGGUCAAUGAGAUUCAGUAUGACGAGGAUAGCGCAGGUGAUGAAAACCCUGCCAGCAGUUCAGGAGGAGCAAAGCAUAUGAAGCUGACACACCCAGAAAAUGAAGAAAAUGAAAAAAAUGCAGCAAAUGAAGCAAAUGAAGCAAAUGAAGCAAGUGAAGACAAAGGAGAAAUUUCGGAAACACGAAUGAAUGAAAUGUAUUCAGAUGAAAUCCAAAAAAUUAUCGACUAUAAUUCAUGUAAACAUAUUUAUCUGAACGAAGUGAGAGAAAAAAAAUUGAAGCAAGAAACUUUUGAUAAUUUAAAAAUAGAAGAAAUUAACGCUUUUGCUAAAAUUUAUUUUGAAUAUUUAUUUAACAUAUUCAAUGAACGUACUAAUUUUAAACCAAACUGUGUUAUUAUUCAUGUCCCACACAAUGACUUCAAUUUAUUCAACAAAGCAGAUGUAAAAAAAUUGUUUAUAAACAACAUCAAUUCGUUAGCUCAUGUACCGGACUAUUCUAUAAACAUCCAAAAUACACUACUUUCAAACAAAUAUAUCUAUGAAAACAUAACAAAAAACUUGCACAUGGCUAAGUAUGUGCAACCAAAGCUAGAAAUAUCCUCCAAAGAUAUAUUUACUUUCAUUCUGAACAAAAUUAACCCAAUCAAAUUGGACGAUCAAAAUCCUUUCUGUCCUUUGCAAAUUCUAGAGCAUGCCUCCAAUGUGAACAGUUCUGCAAAGUUUAAAGAAGCAGCUAUUCUUGACACAGCCCCCAAUUUUCCCUUCUUCCAAUCCUGUUACGGUAUAGAUGAUAUGCAAAAAGAAAAACUAACAGUGGUAGAAACUACGUUUGAUAACUCGCGCGAUAGAAACAUGUUAGUGAACUCGAAUAACAAAACGGAUAAUAAAACGGAUAACAUAUUUAAUGACAUCUGGAAUCGACAAAGAGUUACACAGAAGAUGCAGCACCAAAAAGAAGGAGAUAAAAUGAAUCCAAGGAAUCUGAAAAAUUAUGUACUGUCAAAGAAAGGGCAAGAAGAAAUUGAACAUUAUGAACUGAAAAACGGAAUAAAAGUAAACUUGUAUAACACACAGAUAGACAAAAAGCAUAUCUACUUGAGAUUAAUCAUACCACAUAAUGAUAUAUUAAAAAAAAAAAAAGAAAAUGUAUUUACAUUAUUAUUUUCAAUUAUUUGCCUCUUUGAGGGGGGAGAAAUAGAAAACAUCAGUAGGGAAAAUGUAGAAAUUCACUGCAGUAACAAGAGCAUAAAUAUAUGUAUCGAUGUAAAUGACGAAUAUUUUUUUAUUGAUAUUUUUACGUAUAACAAGUAUGAUAAUAUUAACUCUGCCUUUUCCAUACUUAACAAUAUUUUAUUACAAACCCGAAUAGAGGAAUCCUCUCUCCAAAGGGUCGUGGACAAACUUAGGAAAGAUUUCUAUGAGUAUAAGAAUAGUCUACAGUCCUUCCUGCUUGGCCAAACUAUUUCGUACCUGUCGGACGGUGCAAUCGGAUACCAGAAUUUUGACAUCAGAGAAGCCGAAAAGAUAAACCUUGAAACGGUUAAAAAUGUGUUAAAGCACCUUUUUAGCGAUUCCUCCUUAUUUGAACUAACCGUUGUGGGGAAUUUAUCCAAUUUUAUUCAUUAUUAUGUACUACACUACCUUGGAACAUUACGCGUUGGAAGAGAAGAAAAUCCCCCUCUAAUGGCUCAUGACCAAGGGAAUGGAGACAUAUCCAUAAGCUCAUCAGACAUAGGCACGAAUUUGUCAGAAAGGGGACAAGAGGAAGAAGACGUGGGUGUGAAUCAGCAUGUCGAUAAAUAUGCCAUGUCGGAAAAUGGUAUACAUAACAAAAUGGACAUUUUAUUCGAUGAGUAUAAUCUCCUAUGCCCACUCAAGAAUUUCGAAAAGAAAAGCAAAGAAAUUACUUAUGUGUACUUAAAAGAAAAAGAAGAUCACGCUGUUUUUCUUCUCAUGGGAAAAAGUGCAAAUCAUUUUGGGUUCUUAAGUAAUGGGAUACACAUAUCGCUAUACUUAUUACAUUUUUUAAGAAAGGUUAUAUACCUGGAAAGUAAAGAAGAAGAAAUCGAAAAAGACAGUUUGAUAGAAUUGCUUUACCAAAUUAGGAGUCAUAUAAACUUGGAACAAUACAAAAAAGAAAAUUUCACAGAACUGCUUAAAAAAAAAAAAAAAUUAUAUACUAAUCCUUUAUUUUUCAACGCAAUAUCUUACGUCAUUCAGUACAUAUUAAAUAGCAAAUUAUUUCAUUACUUGAGAGAAAAAAAAGAAUUAACAUAUGAUUCUUCUUUUGAAUUUUUAAAUUAUGAGAAAUAUUUUGCAGGCUUUUUUACCUUAUUUGUUCAGACAAAUCCAAAAGAUUUAAAUCUUAUAAAAAAUGAAGUUCUUUCUAGUUUUCAUAAUUUUACAAAAAAUUAUUACAAUUAUUCUGACUACCUAAUAGAAAAUGCCAAAUUAUCUUAUUUAAAUAAAAAAACAAAGGAUUUGAAAUUCUUUAUUGAUAAAAUUUCAGGUAUGCAGUUAACACAUUUUCCCCUAAAACAUAAGAAUAAAUUUUUAUUAAAAGAUAAUCUCAUAUUGAACAAAAUCGAAAAAUUAGAUGUCCUUCUGGUCUUAUAUGUCAUCUUUAAUCAAACGCAAACUUAUCACAUUUCAUGUGGAAUUACAUCACCCCAAGAUAUGUGGACACAUGUUUACAAAAACAUAAACCAUUUGUAA